CGAACAAUUUCUUCAGCGUAACACGAUUUUGAUAAGGGAUGAACAAACAAUAUAUAAACGUUCGUGAGGGCAGCGGUAACAUUGUCGUACUGCACAACAACAAACAUGGUCGCCAAAGCCGUCCUCAUCCUCUGCGCUCAGGCGCUCCUCAUCCAGAGCAUCUCCGCCCAGUGCCUCGGAGCUUACCCAGCUCUGGCCGCCGCCCCCUGCGCCGCCGCCGCCCCACUAGCCGCCGCUCCCUGCGGUGCCGGCUACGCUGGAUUUGGAUACGCCGCCCCCGCCCCCGCCCAAGCCCUGGCCGCCUCCAACGGCCCCGGCCUCGCCAUCUCCAGCGCCUCCCCCAUCUCCCCGGUCGGCGUGUCCGUAGCCUCCGAGAACGCCAUCGAGGGCGCCCUCGCCGUCGCCGGAGCUCUGCCGUUCCUGGGCACCGUCGGUCUCGAGGGAGUGUUGCCCACCGCUGGCGCUGGUAACGUGGCCUACAACUGCGGUAACGGAGCCGUCGCCAUCACCGCGGAGGACAUCGCCGCCGCUCCGUUCGGCUACGCCGCCGCCGGUCCUCUCGGCUACGGCGCCGCCGGUCUGGGCUGGGAGGGUGCCGGUUUCGGCUAUGGUGCGGGUCUCGGCUACGGCCCUGGACUCGGUUACGGUGCCGGCUACGGAGGUUGCGGUUGUGGUGCUGCUCUCCUGUAAACAGAUAAAGAUAUUUCUUAUCACACGUACCUGUAACAAUUCACAAAUAAAUAUUUCUUGCAAACUAA